AAAUUAUAAAAGUAAGCUUGACCAUAUUUUGCUCUGUGAUGGACCUUUCACGAAAAUUUGUAUUCCGAGUUUGCCGUUUAAUGUUUGUCAAUUUGUCAGCUGUCAUGAUCUCAGUAUGUUUGUAAACUGGGAAUUUUAUUAAUUUGUUUAAAUAGAUCGAGCGUUCAGCACAAACAAUUCCAGUUACUUAAUUCAAAUUAGAUAUAUUAUUCACCACAAUCUCGAGAUUCGUUUCCACCAGAAAGUUUACAAUUGUUAAGGGUUAUGUUACCCUUGCCGUAAAUUUUAGGAAUAAAAUGUGGCUGAUUUUAAUUCUAACAUGUUCGCACUCAACCGCUCGUUGAGGAGUUUAUAAUUAAAUGUUUAAGUAUUUUGCAGAUGAUCCAACUACAUUUGACAAUGACAAUGUGGUAAUCUGAAUGUUUGUACUCAAAGACUUUAAUAAUGCAAAGCCUGGAGGCAACAUGCGGAGAGAGUGAACAUCCAGUGAAGAAAUUUAAAGCAAAUCAUACUUCCCUGACUCUGUCAUGCCCACAGGACCCUCAGGCUUCUACUUCUACAUUUGCUCCCUUCAAAGAGUGUACAGAACAGCCAGUGUUUGAUUUGAUGGGUGAAUUAGAGAAAUUGUAUGACGAAGAAGAAUCUGAUGAGGAGGUCAACUGUCAAAAUAAUGUCAGAUAUCAUUCCCUUUUGUUAGAAAAGCUUGUUGCAAGAGAAAGACUGAACACUGUUAUUCUAAACCUAUAUCCUAGCGACAAAGGCUACUCGCUGGCAUUCAGGCUAACUUCCUGCAGUGAUCGAAAUUCCAAAGACGACCAUACUGCCAAUAUAAUAGAAACAAAACCGAGGCCUUAUGAAGAGGAAGACCUUCUCCGAUAUAUCUGUAACGAAGCGCUUCCUCCUUAUAUCUUAGAUAUUUUAGAGCAAUUUAGCUACCUAUUUUAUAGUGGGUGCAUAAUAGCCGAAGUUAGAGAUUAUCGGCAAGCCUAUCCUCAUAAUAAGUGUGAUAUACAUCAUGUUUUACUCAGGCCUACACAGCAGAGUAUUUUAGCUGACAUAAACAAUAUGGUAGAUGAAAAAUUGACUAGCGAUGACAGGGAUCAACUCGAGAGCCAACUCCUAUUGGCGCACACGCCCAAUUUAUUUCUUGAUCCAGAUCCCCACAUUGAAAAUGAAUUAGCAGAAAUCCACAAUAGGAAACGAAUGUGGAAUACCAACAAAUUCCGUAGAAUUGCAAGGAAAUUUUCCCAAGUUAUUGUCAAUAGGAAACGGAAAUUGGACCAUUCGACUCAAAAUCAGGGUUUGGAGUUUUUGGACUUUGUGAAUAAAGUAAAAAGGAAACCAGAUGCUUCAAAAAAACAGAUUAGCAUGUUGCCCAUACCAGAAUUGGGCUGUCCAUCAUUGCGUCCUCCUACUGAAUCUGUGUUUAUUAAUAAAUUUGAGGUAUAUCCCUGGCCAAAGGAAACUAGCGACUGCCUGCCUCAGUUAAUAGAGGAAUUGGUACUUGAAAUGAUUAUGCCUUCAAAAGACAAGGACCGACCUAGGGCUAAACUGUCAAUUUUCCAAAGACCCUUGAAUGCAGAGUAUUUGGGAGAACUUUAUUUGGACAGGGAUCAUAAAAAGAAUGAACACAAUGGGGUGGCUUGUCGGUUUUCCUUAGGUUCACGAUCAAAUGCUAAUCGGUACAUUCAUCAAUUUACUGAAAUAUAUACUGCGAGCAGUAGCAAACCUAUAAGGAUAGUUCGGGUAUCGGCCCAAAAUCUUAAAGAUCGAAUUGCGCAGCAACACAUAGUAAGUCAACCAAAUUUGGUGAUAAACGGCACGUCUGCUGCAAACAUAAGUGUAAUUCACCAAAAUGCUCAGACCACGACUGUUGUGCAGACAAAUCCUGAAGGUUCAGCUCAAAAAAUUAAUAUGAUUAAUAACCAGAAGAUUGCAAUUAGCGCUUUGGCGGCAAACUUUGAGAACUCCAGUGAGCAAUUUCAAGCUACAUUGAAUGCCAGGCAAGCAGCGCAACAAAAGCAGCAGAACUUCCACACAGUCACUACAAACACGGCGGUAAUACUAAACAGCGACUUAAACCUAUCCUCGGUGAAUGCUAUAAAUAACAUUACGGUGCCGCAACAAAGACUUUUAGCACGUAAAAUCAACUUCACCAAUGUAGGCAACACUCGCAUACUAAACCACAACAACUUGAUCACAUUGAACAACAACAGAGUAAAUAUGAACACCACGCAUCUUACCGCGCAGCAGCCGCAAAGCGUCACUCUGACGUCGGUGAAUAGCGACAAUAGUUUGUCGAUGCCGGUUAAACAAGGUAUCGUUGGCGCUCCUAACGAUUCGCUUUCGGCAUUAUUGGUUGGCACUCCAGCGGCCGACAGACCCGACAUAAUUGGCUCCAAUACGAACUCUCUGUUUUUGGAAAAGUUCGCGAGUGUAUCGAAUAGCGGCCCACCACCAAUGCAGUCUCAGAAGAACAACACUGUCUUGGCACCAUUGUCAAGUCCGCCCCCUCAAGCUACCAACACGAUCAACGUGCAAAGUUUGAAUUUGACGCAGCUUCAAGGGUUGCAAAACGUUCAGUUUCAGUUACAGCCAAUAUCGGUGGCUCUUAGUGUGCCAUCGGCUGGCACCUUGCAGCGACACCCGACUGGUCUUUUGAUGUCCCUACCGGUAACGACCACCACCCAGACUUCCCUUUCACAAGCUUGUACAAGUGUAUCUUCGCACAGUAUAGGCAACGUGGGAGUUGUUAUUACCAACACUGGUUCGCCAAGUUUAGCCCAGUUGUUAAAUUCUGGAGUGAAAAAUAUAUCGCAUCAGAACUUGCGGACGACAACUAUCCCACAGACGGCAUUGGCCCCUGGAAACCCACAAUUCCAACUGAUGUCUCAGUUACAGAGGACCGGACAUCCGAACGCAAGCAUUUCUUCGAGAACCAUCCAAAGAACACCCGUCACUAUCAAAAUGGCGAACCCAAACUCAAAUUUCACAUCUCAAGUUACUAUUCCAUUGAACACGACACUGCAGAAGCCGCUAAUACAAGAUCAGCAAGAAGAGAAUCAGUCGAAGAAUUUGCCAGGUUUAUUUGAAAAAGUUCGAAGAUCACAUUCAUUUGAUAAUCUAUAGUUUUCAGGUAAAGUAAAGCAGAAUUUAUAAGAAAGUAUGCUGCUAUAACUGGUAUACGUACCAGUUUUAUUAAUAUUAAAUCCUACGUGAUAAGAUAUCACAGCAAAAAUUGGAUUUAACAGAUAAUAUGGCCAUUUGAACUAUAAAUGCUGUUUUAUUUUAAAUGCGAGUGAGUACCCAUACAUAAAAACAUCUUUUUAGUUAAUCUGUUAACUCAUUGUUAUCUAAAGUAUUCAAUUUUUUCUCCAUUAUAAAUAAGCGGAACAUACAGAAGAUGCGGUUUGACAUGAAUGUUUAUCAAUCAUGUAUAAAAAAUAUAAUGACUAAAUUGGUUUCAUAAGUCUAUUAUUAUAUUUAAAGUUUUGGAACUUGAUAACUUUUUUUUAACAACUGUACUUAGUAGUACAAUUAUCGUUUUUUUUUAACUGUUUUGUUACUUAAAUGUUUUUAUGAAAAAUCAUUCAUUAUUUAUUUAGCAUAUUCGGUACACAUUGAAUAAUUGAAAGCUCUUUGUACUAUAUUUUCAUAAAGUUCUUCUCGUGAUUUUUUUUGUAUGAGGUGCAGCAAUAUUAAGGAUUGGUUUUAAAUUUUUCUCCUCUGUUUGGCGCAAAUCUAUUUCUUUUAUGUCAGUAUCAGUAUUUUAAAUACUAGUUUUGGUUUAUCCUUUAUUUCGACUAUAACGACUAAUGUGAGUUUGGUUGUAACUUUAUAUUUUAUACAAUGUAUGUUUUAAGACCAUUGAAGUCAAAUCAGAGGCGCUGAAAUUUAAGAUAGGUUUUGAUUUUAAAAAUGGAAAUUAAUGGGGUCCGCCCAUGUAGUGCCAAAUGAAAACAAGCGAAUAAAAUCAGUUUCUCUUACAUGUAUGGGCAACUUAGCUAAUUUUUAUAUAUUUUUUUUGUAUGUUAAUAAUUUAACGUCAGUGUCGAUUUUCGAUAGCAAAAUAAAGCUGUAAAUAAAUUCGUAGUUUAAAGUAAUUUAUGUUUGUUGUUUAUUUUCUACAUGCUGUGUAUAUAUGUGUAUUUUGUUAAAAAGUGUAAUAUUCU